AUGAAGAACCCCCAAUCGUCACACGCAAAGACGGUCGCGGUCGUGGGCACGGGCAUGGCUGGUCUAGCCACUGCCCAUCUGCUGCACCAGGACUCUCAGAAGCGGUACCAGGUUACUCUGAUCGAGAAGAGAGACCAAAUAUCGCUGAGCGCAGAGUCAGUUCAAAUUCCCUCGCGCGAUUCCAACGGUCCAGCAGUAUGGGCUGAUGUGCCGAUGCGCGCCUUUGCCGGUGGCUUCUAUCGGAAUCUGAUCCGAAUGUAUGAUUACUUGGGAGUCAAGUACCGCGAGCAGCCAUUUCUUUUCAGCUUCACGAGGUUGCCGAAACGACAGCAAUCUGUAUCGACUACUUCUUGCAUUCCCGGGCCGCAGAUGGUCUAUGCUUCAAAUUUUCACCAAAUUCCCCCUAUCCCACGCACAACAAACCUAAUUCAUUGGUGUGUGGAAGCUGUCUAUGCAGUCCUGUGCUACCUAUGGUUCACUUUCUGCUGCUUCUUCAUCUCCCCCUAUGCCGAGAAUCUACAGACUGGGCAGCUGAGCGAGUCGCUGGACCACUACCUACGGCGUAUGUGGAUACCGCAGUACUACGUGGCCAACUAUCUACUUCCUCUGAUUUCGAGCGUCUGUACCUGUUCACACCAUGAACUGUUGAAUUUUCCUGCAUCCGACGUUAUAGAAUAUAAGCGCAGAACGCAUCUCCAGCAGCACUUUGUGGUGACUGCGGGUGUCCAGUGUGUCCAGCCGAAGCUUCUGGAAGGCGUUGAAUUGCGUCUUGGCGUGAAUCUGACGCAUGUGAUCCCGCAAGACAACGGAGUGCAGAUCAAGUACUCGACUGAGGAUGGGAAACACACCUCGGAGCACUUUGAUCUGGUUGUUCUGGCCGUCUCACCCGAUAUCGCUGCGUCCUUGUUUCCCGCAGUGAAUUCGCAACUGUCCGCUAUCCCAACCACCACCGUGGAGACGGUCGCACACACCGACAAGUCGACCAUUCGACCGAUGUUGCAUGCCACUGCGAGUCCAAACUCGAUCAAAUGUGCCAAGGAAUCGCGAGGGUCUUACAAUCUCUUAACACAGCGUAUUCACUUACUUUCCAACGGUACUAUUACCGAAGCCGUUCAUGAGCAAACGAAUUCCAUUCUUGUCACGACAAACCCCCUUUUCCCCUUGGAUAAAUCAAAGAUUAUUCGCUCGGCGAGCUUUGUGCGCGUGCUGCGAAGCCCACUUAGCCGUCUUGUCGUCAAUUCAAUUUUCCAAGGCCGUGUCGAACGGACGAACUUGCCAAAGUCGACACCUGUGGUGAGUUCCUGGCGCAACGGAGACAACGGAGUCUACUUGGCGGGCGGCUGGUGCUGGGACGGAAUGGUCCUCCUUGAAGGCUGCGUUGUUUCUGCCAUGAGAGUCGCUACAGAUCUCGGCGUGGUGGUACCUUGGGAUGACACAUCGUCAUGA